AUGUGCCGCCGCCUACACUCGCCUCACAUGGUUCCGUCAAGCACCAGGGACCGCUGGACACACCCGCCCGGCCCGCCCACACCAUAUGCCUGCAGCAUGGCAUUCUGGGACAGAUCCACGGCCCCAGCCCUUCUUUCCGGUGAUGGUGAGAGGAGGAGAAAAGAAAAGAUGAGGCUUCCCUCCGUUCCCUCCCUCCUUCACAGGGAGACUACAAAGUGGUACACUACAAUCCUCGAUUCUUCCUUCGUGUUGUUAAAGAGUCCUCUUCCUCCCCCUCCUCUUCCUCCUCCUCUGCCUCCUUCUACUUUCUGUCACCCUGCUGUCCUGUUCCUGCUUGGCACUAGUCUGCAUCCAAAAUGGUACCCUAGUCCAUAUGUAGUGCACUACUUUUGACCAGGACCCAUAGGGCUCUGGUCUAAAGUAGUGCAUUAUAUAGGGAAUAGGGUGCCAUUUGGAACGCAGACAGCGUGAGCCAGUGUUUGAGCCAGGCCCAGUGGUUUUCCCAGCAGAGAGAGAGGAGAGAGACCCCAGCCGAGCCUCUCACCCGGGGCCCUGUCUGGUUCUGGGCGCUGGUUCUUGGAGCUCCCACUGUCAGAGGCUCUCUUGGAUCACUGGUGGAGAUAGAGAUGAGAUGAGUAACCUGGUCCUGGAAACACUCUCCACUCAGUCUGCUACGGUAGUCCUCUGUACCUGGGGAUGUGACAGGAAGGGUGGGGUGGGACAGGAGAGGAAGGCUUGUGUGAUGGGAACCAAACUUAACUACAAACAUCCAACACCCGGCGUUACGGAAGAACAACCCAGUAUUACUCUGUCAAAACAUCUCCAAGCAACCAACCUCCUGGAAUUCACCUUUCUCUCAACUGUUCUCUUCCAAAUGAUUUUGUAGGUUUUUGAGGGUGUUCUUUCUAAAAUGUUUAAUAGAUGUAUGUGGGUGUGUUGCAUUGUUCAUGUGUGUGUCUGUGUGUUCUCUGUAUAGUGUAUGUUUGAGAGGCAUUGCAUUCCAGUAAUAGGAAUAUGCCUAAUUCAAUGCUUACAGUAAGCAAGCUUGGUCCCAGAUCUGUGGGACAAUGACCUGUCCCCUCUCCUGCCCCCCCCCCUUCCCUUUCCUGUCACCUCCCCAGGUACAGAGGACUACCGUAGCAGGCUGAGUGGAGAGUGUUUCCAGGACCUAGUGUGUCCAGAGAAGUGUCGCUGUGAGGGCACCGUGGUGGACUGCUCCAACCUCAAACUGACCAAACUGCCCCCACACAUCCCCGAGCACACCACAGACCUGUAAGAGCACACAAACAAACACACACACACAUUCACAUCACAUCCAGUACUAUUCCCCUUUCUCCAGCUCCAUAGUCAUUAUUUUGUCCUGAUAUAGUUGUAUUAAUGUAGACAUUCAUCACAUGCCUCUCUUCAUCCCUCUCUCUAUCCCUCUCACUAUCCCUCUCUCUAUCCCUCUCUCUAUCCCCUCCCUCUAUCCCUCUCUCUCCUCUCUCCAUCCCUCUCUCCAUCCCCCAGCCCUUACUCUAUCCCCCAACCAUCUCUGUAUCCCCCAGCCCUCACUCUAUCCCCUCUCUCUAUCCCCCAGCCCUCUCUCUAUCCCACUCUCUCUAUAUCUCCCAUCCCUCUCUCUAUCCCCCAGCCCUCACUCUAUUCCCCAGCCCUCUCUCUAUCCCCCUCUCUCUAUCCCCCAGCCCUCUCUCUAUCCCCCUCUCUCUCUCUCCUUCCCUCUCUCUAUCCCCCUCUCUCCCCCUCUCUCUAUCCCCCCUCUCUCUCUCCCCCUCUCUCUAUCCCCCCCUCUCUCUAUCCCUCCUCUCUAUCUCCCUCUCUAUAUCCCCCCUCUCUCUAUCCCCCUCUCUCUAUCCCCCCCCUCUCUCCCCCUCUCUCUAUCCCCCCUCUCUCUAUCCCUCCUCUCUAUCUCCCUCUCUAUAUCCCCCCUCUCUCUAUCCCCCUCUCUCUAUCCCCCCUCUCUCUAUCCCCCUCACUCUAUCCCCCUCUAUCUCCCAGCCCCAUCAGUACUAGCUGCUCACCCUCACUACAUCUCACAGGGAGUGAUGGCUAGCUAAUAGCACCAGGCUCUCCUGGGCUAUUAGGCCCUGGCUCCACUCUGGCCAAGUCCCAGGGCAGAGCAUGUCAGGGAAACUAGAUGUUGCCCUUCUCCACUGGCUAGAGGACACACACCACAUCAGGAUGUUUUCUCUUCGCUCUCUCUCCUCUCUCUCUCUCUCUCUGUCUCUCAUCGCUCUCUUCUCUCCUCUUUCCUCUCCCUCUCUCUUCUCUCCUCUCUCUCUCUCCUCUCUCUCUCCCUCCCUCCCUUUAUCUCUCACUCCUUUCUCCUCUCUCCUCUCUUUUCUCUCACCCCUCAUCACUCUCUCUUCCCUUCCCAGGGAAACUCUUUUAUGUCUGGUAACUUUCCCAAGGCAUGGCCCGUCUUUCCCGUCGGGGGAAAUGUGAAAAGGUCGAUACCAAGAAGGCGAUCGCCCGCCCAUCAUACAAACGUCCCUUUUGCUGCGAGCGAUUUGAAUAUUGAUGACUCUUUAGUUGUCUUUCUCCGUCCUUUGUCUAAGUGUAGAAUUAAGUGAAAAUGUUAGAUUUUUUUAUGUCUCUUAUCUGGCUUUAGCAACUGCUCUCUGACUCACUCAGUCACUGUGGGGCUAUUGACCUUCAUUUUAACAUUUUGUCUCUCUCUCUCCCCCUCUCUCUGUCUGUCUCUCUCUCUCUCCACAACAGGCGCCUGAAUGACAAUGAAAUCUCCAUCCUGGAGGCCGUGGGGACCUUUAAGAAGCUCCCCAACCUGAGGAAGAUGUAUGGCUGCUUCCAUUCCUCCAUUGCCCUUUAAAACACACAUACACAGGCUGAGUUGUUGUGUUGUGUUGCAGUCUGGGCGUGUCUUGUCUGAGAGGUUUAUGUCAACAACAACUUUUUAUGCAAUGAGCAGUAUCAAGAACCUGGAGAGGAGAGGGGGAGGAUAGGAGACUGGGGAGGAGAGAGGGAGGCAGGGGAAUAUUCUAUCUAAAUGGGAGAGAGGACAAUGUAAUUUACAGUCAGGCAAUAUAAAGGGUCGACUCCAGGAAGAUGGAAAAAGCCAAGUCUGCUGCUGCUGUACACAACACGAUGAGGAGGGAUUUAUCGAACAUAAAAAUGCAUACCAUCUAGCAUCAUCAGAGAAGUUCUAAAUUGAUCAACAUCUAAACCUCUCCCCUCCUCUUCACCAAAGUACAGAUAAGAAUCAAAGAUGUGCGCCAUGGAAAAUUGGUAUAGACGUUGUUUGCUACCCAUCACAAUUAGGAAUACUAUAGAUAUCGCCUGUUGUUUUUAACCAAUCAUACUUUGGAUUGUUUGGCCUAAGACUAUGACACAGCGGGUAAAACCAGUUGAAAUGAUGUAAUUUCCACCUGUUCCGCGCUCUGGGGAAGGAUUAGGACGCAGGAGAGACAAACCCAACCCAUUAACCCAAUUAGGCUUGAUGAUUCAUUUGCUGAUGAGAAGUGUAUGUGUUUGGGUGGUUAUAAUGAUGUCUAGGUAAAAGGAUCUUAACACAGUAUGAUAUUUACCAUGUUCAUAUCUCUCUCCCCCUCUCUCACAGUAACCUUAGCAACAACAAGCUGCGGGAUAUACGCGAGGGGGCCUUCGACGGAGCCGGGGGGGUCUUGGAGAUGCUUCUGACAGGCAACAAGCUGCAGGCGCUGCAGGGACGAAUGUUCAGAGGGCUAACCGGACUCAAGACACUGUAAAUGGAGCCGAGUCCAUCUUAGAAUAUAAAGGCUUAGACCCAAUGCCCAAGGGUUCAAGUUUUUAAUAAUAAUAAUAAUAUCCACAUGGCAGUCAAAAGCUAGGUUUCCAUCCAAUUGGCGACACAUUUUCAUCUGAAUAUUCUAAAAUCUGCUUAAAGAAAAUACCUGCGGGGUGUUUCCACCAAACUGACUUGUUGCGGAUAAAAAUCACUAUGUGAUGACAUACAGUGGAUUGCGAAAGUAUUCACCCCCUUUGGCAUUUUUCCUAUUUUGUUGACUUACAACCUGGAAUUAAAAUGGAUUUUUGGGGGGGUUGUAUCAUGUUAUUUACACAACAUGCCUACCACUUUGAAGAUGCAAAAUAAAAUAAAAAGUGAAACAAACAAGAAAUAAGACAGAAAAACAGAAAACUUGAGCGUGCAUAACUAUUCACCCCCCCAAAGUCAAAACUUUGUAGAACCACCUUUUGCAGCAAUUACAGCUGCAAGUCUUUUGGGGUAUGUCUCUAUAAGCUUGGCACAUCUAGCCACUGGGAUUGUUUCCCAUUCUUCAAGGAAAAACUGCUCCAGCUCCUUCAAGUUGGAUGGGUUCAGCUGGUGUACAGCAAUCAUUAAGUCAUGCCACAGAUUCUCAAUUGGAUUGAGGUCUGGGCUUUGACUAGGUCAUUCCAAGACAUUUAAAUGUUUCCCCUUAAACCACUCAAGUGUUGCUUUAGCAGUAUGCUUAGGGUCAUUGCCCUGCUGGAAGGUGAACCUCCGUCCCAGUCUCAAAUCUCUGGAAGACUGAAACAGUUUUCCCUCAAGAAUUUCCCUGUAUUUAGCGCCAUCCAUCAUUCCUUCAAUUCUGACCAGUUUCCCAGUCCCUGCCGAUGAAAAACAUCCCCACAGCAUGAUGCUGUUACCACCAUGCUUCAGUGUGGGGAUGGUGUUCUCGGGGUGAUGAGAGGUGAUGAGAUGUGAUGAGAGGUGUUGGGUUUGCGCCAGACAUAGCGUUUUCCUUGAUGGCCAAAAAGCUCAAUUUUAGUCUAAUCUGACUAUAUGUUUGGGGAGUCUCCCACAUGGCUUUUGGCGAACACCAAACGUGUUUGCUUAUUUUUUUCUUAAGCAAUGGCAUUUUUCUGGCCACUCUUCUGUAAAGCCCAGCUCUGUGGAGUGUAUGGCUUAAAGUGGUCCUAUGGACAGAUACUCCAAUUUCCGCUGUGGAGCUUUGCAGCUCCUUCAGGGUUAUCUUUGGUCUCUUUGUUGCCUCUCUGAUUAAUGCCCUCCUUGCCUGGUCCGUGAUUUUUGGUGGGUGGCCCUCUCUUGGCAGGUUUGUUGGGGUGCCAUAUUCUUUCCAAUUUUUUAUAAUGGAUUUAAUGGUGCUCCGUGGGAUGUUCAAAGUUUCUGAUAUUUUUUUAUAACCCAACCCUGAUCUGUACAUCUCCACAACUUUGUCCCUGACCUGCUUGGAGAGCUCCUUGGUCUUCAUGGUGCCGCUUGCUUGGUGGUGCCCCUUGCUUAGUGAUGUUGCAGACUCUGGGGCCUUUCAGAACAGGUGUAUACAUACUGAGAUCAUGUGACACUUAGAUUGCACACAGGUGGACUUUAUUUAACUAAUUAUGGGACUUCUGGUAAUUGGUUGCACCAGAUCCUAUUUAGGGGCUUCAUAGCAAAGUGGGUGAAUACAUAUGCACACACCACUUUUCCGUUAUUUAUUUUUUCGAAUUUUUAGAAACAAGUUAUUUUUUUCAUUUCACUUCACCAAUUUGGACUAUUUUGUGUAUGUCCAUUACAUGAAAUUAAAAUAAAAAUCAAUUUAAAUUACAGGUUGUAAUGAAACAAAAUAGGAAAAACGCCAAGGGGGAUGAAUACUUUUGCAAGGCACUAUAUAAACAAUAAUCUGCUAAAUGGCAUAUACAGUGCAUUCAGAAAGUAUUCAGACCCCUUGACUUUUUCCACAUUGUUACAUUACAGCCUUAUUCUAAAAUGGAUUACACAAAACGAUCCUCAUCAAUCUACACACAAUACCCCAUAAUGACAAAGCAAAAACAGGUUUGUAAAAUUUUUUGCAAAAGAAAAGAUAAAUAAAAAAUAACAAUUCACAUUUACAUAAGUAUUCAGACCACAGGAGGUUGGUGGCACCUUUAUUGAGGAGAACGGGCUCGUAGUAAUGACUGGAGCGGAUUAGGUGGAAUGGUAUCAAAUACAUAAAAACACAUGGUUUCCAGGUGUUUGAUGCCAUUUCAUUUGCUCCGUUCCGGCCAUUAUUAUGUGUAUAAUAUUUUGUGUGCACUACAGUGCCUUGCAAAAGUAUUCAUCCCCCUUGGCAUUUUUCCUAUUUUGUUGCAUUACAACCUGUAAUUUAAAUUGAUUUUUAUUUGGAUUUCAUUUAAUGGACAUACACAAAAUAGUCCAAAUUGGUGAAGUGAAAUGAAAAAAAUAACUUAUUUAAAAAAAUUCUAAAAAAUAAAUAACGGAAAAGUGGUGCGUGCAUAUGUAUUCACCCCCUUUGCAAUGAAGCCCCUAAAUAAGAUUUGGUGCAACCAAUUACCUUCAGAAGUCACAUAAUUAGUUAAAUAAAGUCCACCUGUGUGUAAUCUAAGUGUCACAUGAUCUCAGUGUAUAUAUACACCUGUUCUGAAAGGCCCCAGAGUCUGCAACACCACUAAGCAAGGGGCACCACCAAGCAAGCGGCACCAUGAAGACCAAAGAGCUCUCCAAACAGGUCAGGGGCAAAGUUGUGGAAACUGGUCAGAAUUGAAGGAAUGAUGGAUGGCGCUAAAUACAGGGAAAUUCUUGAGGGAAAACUGUUUCAGUCUUCCAGAGAUUUGAGACUGGGACGGAGGUUCACCUUCCAGCAGGGCAAUGACCCUAAGCAUACUGCUAAAGCAACACUUGAUUGGUUUAAGGGGAAACAUUUAAAUGUCUUGGAAUGACCUAGUCAAAGCCCAGACCUCAAUCCAAUUGAGAAUCUGUGGCAUGACUUAAUGAUUGCUGUACACCAGCUGAACCCAUCCAACUUGAAGGAGCUGGAGCAGUUUUUCCUUGAAGAAUGGGAAACAAUCCCAGUGGCUAGAUGUGCCAAGCUUAUAGAGACAUACCCCAAAAGACUUGCAGCUGUAAUUGCUGCAAAAGGUGGUUCUACAAAGUAUUGACUUUGGGGGGGUGAAUAGUUAUGCACGCUCAAGUUUUCUGUUUUUCUGUCUUAUUUCUUGUUUGUUUCACACAACUUGAAGGAGCUGGAGCAGUUUUGCCUUGUUUUUUUGUCUUAUUUCUUGUUUGUUUCACAAGAAAACAUAUUUUGCAUCUUCAAAGUGGUAGGCUUUGCGGUUCGUCACAGAGGGGCUCUGGUUGGAUGUUCCCACUUUCCCCCCCUCUCCAUUAACCUAACCCUAAUCCUUUAGUUUGGAACCCCCACCCCACCCUUUCCAUUAACCUAACCCUAACCCUUUAGUUUGGAACACCCCCCCCCCCCCUCUCCAUUAACCUAACCCUUUAGUUUGGCAUUUUGUGUAAAUCAAAUUAUACAAACCCCCAAAAAAUCCAUUUUAAUUCCAGGUUGUAAGGCAACAAAAUAGGAAAAAUGCCAAGGGGGGUGAAUACUUUCGCAAGCCACUGUACACCGUAUGAAUCUAUUCAAUAACGUGUCCACACACAAUACAUCUAACUACUGUAUACUCAACAAACAUUCACAGACAUACACAUUCACAAACAGACAAUAGUUGCUAUGUAACAUGGACCCGUUCUCUAAACAGAUGCCUAGAGACUAAUGAUUGAGUGCAUAAUGGGAAAUAAUAUUUAGAAGAUAAAAGAAUAGGCCCAGUGACAUCACAUCCAACCACACAUGAUGAAUCCAGCCCCCCUCUCUCUAGAUUAAAUACAGUCACAGCUCAUAGCCACCUUAUUUAGACACAACAUUUAGAGAAGAUAAUUCAUUCUCUGUAGCCUAACUGAUGGCCAGAAAGGCUUUCUGAGGGGGCUGAUUUGGUCCUAAUUAAGCGAAUUGGGGGGAGCCGUGCAUAGGAAAACAUUAAUGGAAUCAUGGUAUUGAAUUUACAGGGUUUUAAAUCCCAGGAGCAUGAACCAAAUUGAGAUUGCCUGUCUCGUAUCCCUGCCUGUUAGAGCCUAAUGCAGAAUUUGCUGCUUUCGCAUUUUCAUCACAGAGGGUCUUUGGUUAGAUGUUCAUCACAGAGGGGCUCUGGUUGGAUGUUGGUCACAGAGGGGCUCUGGUUGGAUGUUGGUCAUAGAGGGGCUCUGGUUGGAUGUUGGUUCACAGAGGGGCUCUGGUUGGAUGUUCCCACUUUUCCUUUUUUUUUCUUUUUUUCUCUGUGCUUAACCCCCUCUCCAUUAACCUAACCCUAACCCUUUAGUUUGGACCCCCCCCCCCCCCCCCCCCCCCCCCUCCACCACCCCCCCUCCAUCCAUUAAAACCCUAACGUUUAGUUUGCCCCCCCUCCCCCCCCCCCCCCCCCCCCUCCAUUAACCUAAGCCUAGCCCUAACCAUUUAGUUUGGACCCCCACCCCCCCUCCAUUAACCUUACCCUAACCCUUUAGUUUGGAACCCCCUGGCCCGCACCAAAAUAAACUCCCCUUUUGGGCCAGAACACUUUUAGUCACAAUAACAUUGGAUUAUACAAGGCCCCAACCACACAGCCCUAGAGCAGGAGACAUGUCUACACUGCAGUCUAACAGUCUCACAGCCGACCAUCACAUAACAGAGAAACAGUAGAACUAGGACCUGGAGUUUUUCCUGGUCAUGUGGUCAGUACCACAGUGUUCCUAUUGGUUUCCCAUUUCACCAUGAUGUGUGUGUGUGUGUGCGCGUGUCUCCACGACAGGAUGCUGAGGAGUAACCAGCUAGGCUGUGUGGACAACACCACCUUCACAGGCCUGAGCUCCGUACGCCUGCUGUCUCUCUAUGACAACCGGAUCUCCACCAUCGCCCCGGGAGCCUUCACCACACUGCACUCCCUCUCCACCAUGUAA